UUCGAGCGGAAGUGAUUUGUUUGAAAGUUCUUUCCCAUCUGGCUAGCUUAGAGACAUGUCCACGUCUAGGUCCAUCUGCUGCCUUUAGAGACGGACUGUGGGGAAACCAUGAGUGGAAAAACGCGAGACAAAGUGGUGACAUCGGGAAGACUGACAGGAAAAGUUACAGUGAGCCGAGCGCCUCCUGAUGGAGGACCUCCACUCCAACCUCAGCCUGACUACUCUCUCUACUCCACAGACUCAGAGGACCAGGUCACCACUCUACACAGGGGCCUGGACAAGUGUGCUGCCUUGCUCAGUGGCAUUCUUGUGGCAGACGAAGCAGCAUCAGCAGGUCUUCAGAGAACCCCGAAGAAAGAAACGAGCAAGCCAAGAUCCUCCAGUUUCCAAGGGAAGAAGCCUGGAAAGAAAUUCCCAGCAAAGGCAGCCACUCCAACUCUGUUAAGAAUUGUAAAGGGUGGCACAGUCAAAUCAAGAGGAUCCACCUCCCAGGGGAAGGCGAGCGAAAGGAAACCGGCCAUAAAAUCAGCUGAUGCUCAGAGGUCAGAACGGCGCCAGCCAGCAGCCGCCCACAGCUUCACCCCUCCGGCUCCGCACUCCGGAGUGAAGCUUCAUCCUCCUCAGAAACCAACACAGUCUGUUCAGUCUCUGUCUGCGGGUUGUCAGACAUCUGCGCGCCAGUCCGCCUCCGUCCCGCCUCCGCUGCGGUCCAGCGCAGCGCUGCGGGAUCGGAACCAUUCCCACUCUGCGUCUGCAGUGUGUGAUGGGAGGGAGGAGUGUGGUCCUGUGGGAGAUGCUGAUGGUGCAGCCGGCUGCAUCCCGAGGGAGAGCUGCUGCAGGGAGGAGAUGCUCCGCUCUCUGCUGGAAGAAGUCCGGGCUCUGAUUCCUGGACAAGGCAAUGUAGCAGAGUGGCUGCUUGGCCGUUUGGAGCAGACCGUCUGUGUUUCAGACACUCAGAACCCUGAGCUCUGCAGUCUGAAGAAUUGGCAUGAGAAGGUGGAGGACCCACAGAAAGGCCAGAUACUACUUUCUUCAGAAGAACCGAGCCUCCAACAGGAAGUCAUCUUUGCCCAGUCCAGCCUUCAGCGACUCCAGGAUGACCUCACAGAGCUACGGAAAGCUCUGCAGGACACACAGAGCCGGCUGAGGGACACCGAGGCAGAGAAGGCCCUCAUAAAGACAGAGUUGGAGGCGGCUAGAAACCGGCUGCUGGAGAGCGAGCGAGAGAAGAUUGAGCUAGCAUCAGUCGCUCAGCUAAGACUGAAGGAAAUUAAACAUCUUAGAAGGCUCCUUCAGAGUCACUACUCAUCAAAACCUAUGGAUGUCCAGAACUCAUUGUCCGUCACCAAGCAGUAUUUUGGCCAACAAAACCAAGUAGUGGCAUCCACUGACCGCAUCAAGGAGUACCUGAGCUCCCUUAACCAGGGGGAGCCCACACACACCGAGAGUCUGCGCGUUGCUGCAGAGCGAGAAGAAAACUCGAAAGGCGACGGAUCAAAUCAAAGAGAGCAAUGUGUUGAGACGUUACCUCAUCACCAGGAUCAUCAUCAUCACCCCAACCUAUCCUUCUCUGAGGACGUCCCGCCGUGCGAGGCGGCGUCUGUGUGGUCCAACUGGAGCAUGAAGUCGGAGUCGACCUUUAACACCAGAGAUGAGGCGGCGUUCAGAGAUGGCCUGGCAGCUCUGGACGCCAGCAUAGCCAACCUGCAGAAAACCAUUCAGCUGGAUCUGAGGAAGUGACCCGUCGGCCUCCAGGACCUGAACACACUCCAAGCUUCCGGAGCGAGCCGCCUUGUGAAUGGGAGCCUCACCGACGCAGUCCUGAGAACAGAGGAUGUGGAGUCAAACACCUGCUGGUCACAGGACAGCCGCACGGCGUUCCACAGACGCACCUGUCUGUUGAUGUCGGCGCCGGCCUGCGUGAGCCACACCACACAGUGAGGGUGCCCUCCGAACGCGGCGGUGUGAGUCGGCGUCUGGUUGAAGCGGCUCGUCACUGUGUUCACCUCGCACCCCAUCUGUACCAGGUGCACCACGCACUCCAGCUGGUCGAACACAACAUCAGACAGUGACAUGUAGGAAUCCUAAAAAGCUGCAUUCUGGGCGGCACCUCCUGGUUUAAGGUUUAGUCUUAAUGUGGGACGCCUGGAGGUUCUGUUGUUGUGUUCAACCUCUUUAUCUUGUCAAAGUAACAUUUACAGUGUAAAUACACAACAACCCAGAGGUUAGGGAUUUUGUGUUUGCACUAAUUUUUGGUGCAUUUAAUUAAGUAGGGAGAGAGGAACGUCACGAUGAAGGAAAGACAAAGAAGAAUUCUUCAUUUAGAAAACUGAAUAGGGAAUAAGUUUGGAAAUAGUUAAAAUUGAGAAAGCAUUAAAAAUGAGUUUUUAUUAUGUUAUUUUGUAAAAAUAAAAUUUAAAUUCUUGUAAUUAAGCUUUUCUCACUUACAGAAUUUGUUACAAACCCCAGGUUUUCCGGUUCUUUUUUUUUUUUUUAUACUUUAAAUCCUCACAUUUCACUGUUUUUUUGUAUGUUUGCUUGUUUUCGACCAUGUUCAUAGCUUUAUAUCUUCUGCUGUUAAAAGCAGGUGUAGCAAUUUAUUAAAAUUAAAGUGCGUUGUUAGUUAGGAAGACGUAUGUAAGAUAUAUUAUUUAGGAAGAAUAGUAAAUGUGAAAUAGGUCGUCAUGUUUGGGUUUUUAUUAAUGUUUUGUUCUAUUGCCAAAAAAAAAGUUUAGAAAUAGACAUUUUAAAAAAAUGCAAAGAGAACCCAAUGGAUUAUGUCUAAUGUCUUAAAUUGAAUUAUUAAAUAAAAGUGCUUUUUUAAAUCA